AUGCCAAGACCUAAAAAAGUCGACGAGAUUCGCACGAGAAACCUGCGAAUAGCUGCGGAAAAGCGCCGCGAAGAAGAAAACCAUCGGACAAAUGAAUGGGCGCUCUUGAAAGUCGAAAAGGAGAAUUGGGAAGAAGAACGGAAACAAUUGAAGCGAGAGAAUGAACACCUGAAGAUGCUACUCGACGACGGAGAGAAGCUUGUGAAGUUCCUCAGAGACCAAAUCCAAGCUCUGAAGCAAGAGGCUCGCGAAGAUGAGGAGUGGGUGCGUCGCCACCGGGAUAGAGCGGAAAAAGCGGAGAAUGAAGCCGCAGAUUUGCGUUCUUCGUACGAGCAACACUUCUCCCAUGCGGUUGAGGUUGUGAAGGAAAAUCUCCAGAAAGAGAAGGAAGCAGAAGUGUCGCCGCUCCGGGAAAGGCUGUCGAACAUAUCCGCGUUUCGAUUCAAGAAGGAGUAUUGCAAACUGUUGAGCAGAACCGCCAGAGAAGAGAGGUGCAGAGAGCUUGCCGAAUACGUGAAGGAGUUUGCCGGUCCAAGCAGCGUCGAUCAGUUUCUCAUCGACUUCGUGCGAUUUGUGUCUGAGAGCGAGCAGUUUUCUUUCUCUUUGUCGCUGAGCGACUGGGAUUCGUUCGUUGCCGCAAUUCAUUGGCGCCUUUCCGACCGAUUUCUCAGGUCUUUUAAGGCUUUCGUCACAAGCCGCUUGCACUUCGACGUGUUCGGAUCGCGAGCAGAAAUUGCAAAUCUGAAGAAAAAGUUUGCUCCAGGUGUCAACUACGCCAUCGACAUUGUGUCCGGAGAGAGAACCACGAGAACAGGCCGUCGGAUCCACGUUCGCUCCGCAGUCGUCGGGAUCGUUCACUUGGAAGAAGUGCUCUCGAGAAGAAUAUCCGCUCUCCAGAAAUCCGGUCGCCUUGUUUUCGACGACGUGACAGAUGAUGAAAUAAUUGUCGGAAUUGCGGGAGACAAAGGAGGAGAGCAGACGAAGGUAGCAAUGAUGAUUGCCAACUCGCACACUCCGAAUGAUCCGAAAGGAAGCAUUGUUCUCGGGUUCUACACGGGGAACGACGAUCACCGAACACUGAAGGAACGAUUGGGAUCCGUUUUCAAGCAAGUGAGUACCUCAAAUUCACAACGAUUGUUAAGCUAUUGUUUUCAGGUGAACGAACUGAAAAGUGUCACGUACAUGUGCAAUGGAGGAUAUGUCACAAAGAAAGUUCGGAAAUUGGUUGUGGGCGACUGUAAAUAUCUCUCUGCUCUUCUUCAUCACCCGGGACAGUCUUCGAAGUGCCCGUGUUUUGUGUGCACGCUUCCUUGGACAACUCACGGGGCGAAUGCCGCUCUCGUCGGCACUUUUCCCUUUGAAAACAGUGGCGACGUGAGGUCCUUGGACGAGCUGAAACUGCAGGGAGACGUGCUGCUCGACGUCGAACCAAUCUCGAUUGCUCCUCCUGCUCUUCAUUCACUGUCCGGGGUGACUAAGUCCUAUGUUCUCGACCCGCUCAUUGCUCAUUGCAAUCAAAUCGAUUCGAAAAGCCAAGUACUUCCCAGAGAGCUGAAACAUCAAAGGAAGCUUCUGAAGCAGAGGAAAGCGGGCGUGGAAAGAUACGAGAUGCGGGUUGACGCCCUGCAACAGUCGAAGACCAUGGCCGACAGAGCUUCGGAAGUUCUGAAGAAGUUUGGAUCAACGGGAAGGGGCCGUCGCAGUCAGGUGGAGGCAUGCGCGUCGUCGGUUUGUCUGGCAGCAAACGCGAAGAAAAGCACUUUUUCGCCGCUCCAUUCGUUCGUGUGCUCCCGUUGCUCGAAGACGAUCCAUGCAGUUUGCGCAUUUCAAUUCGACGAUGGGGAAGUCUUCGAAAAUGCGCAGCCGACGAUUGAUUGUCUAGAUUGUUCCGUCGGAUCGACGAUUUCAGUGGAGACGCGGAUUGAUCUUCUGUCUCACAGAAGGGACCGUAUCGCUGCUGAUUUGGAAGAAGACUCCGCUGUGCUCGAGGAAUUCACUGAAAUGAUGACCGAAUUGGAAGGCUGCAUGCAAAAGUCUUCGGGGCCAACGAGGAAGAAGUUCGAAGAGGCACUCCGAUCGUUUGGUGUUGAUCAGCGUGUGUGGCUUCAAGACUUCUGCGGAAAUCAUAUCAGAAAGAUUCUGCGAGCGGAAAACAUCGAGAAGAUUGUGAACGUCUUCCCUCCUAGUCGCUUUAUUUCGAAGAUCAGGCUCGUUAUGUACAAUCUCGACUUUCUCAUGACAAAUGCGGAUCCUGCCGCUAAAAGUGAGAAAGAAAUCGAUGAGAUCGAGCAAAAUGUGAACGAACUGAUCCGUAAUAUCAAAUCAGCGACGCCGGAAGCGGUUCUUACACCAAAAUUGCAUUUGGUUGCGUGCCAUCUGGUUCCUUUCCUUCGUGCCAACCGUUCAUGGGGAAGACUGACGGAACAGGCGAUCGAAAGCCUGCACGCGCUCUUCAAUACGUUCAAUCGCAGAUUCGCAGCGGUUCGAGACGAAAAGCUGCAUGCGCAGCUCAUUCUCCAACAAAUGGCCUGCUUCAAUGCCAUUUUUGACUGUGGAAUGUCUAUCGACUAA